CCUAUCCCAUCCCUUUAAGGCCUUCCUACACUAUACCUAAAUCAACAAUAGCGCACCAACUGUUUGUGUAAGUCCAAGAGAGCCAGUAAUUUCAGCCAACAACUUUGUUUUAUGGAUUACGGUCAGUAAAAAUGUAGCCUUCUCAAAGAAAAAGCUUGAGAUUAACUCAACCUGUUUCUUUUCUUUUCUUUUUAUGUGUAAUUACACAGAUAAUUUAGAAAAGUUCUUAGCUUUCAACAACAAUAAUAAGAAUAAUUAUAGAAAUUAACCCGUGAUUGGAGGACCACGUGCCUGUAUGCUAAUCUUGACCAAACACACUCUAUUUGUUCAUCAAAGUUCUUGAAAGGAAAUGGUCAUCACGAUAUGAGAUAACAUGACUAUGAGAUCGUCUUUGCUCCCAGGCAUGAGAAUCUUCCAAAAUCAGUAUCUCUCUCUCAAUCUUUUCAUCAGUAUAUGAAUAUAUAGUUUUCUAUUUAUAUUUCUGCAUUAACCAUAAUUACCACAGAAGGCCUAAAAAGAAGCUUGCCAAUCCAAUGCUUACAGCUUAAAAGCGUAUGUUUAUGUUCAAGACCACCUCUAUUGAUCUGGAAAAGCAUUUAUUUACCAAAGAAGAUGAAGUUUGGGAAAGAAUUUGCUUCUCAGAUGGUGCCGGAAUGGCAGGAAGCAUACAUGGACUACAAACUUCUCAAAGCUGUGUUGAAGGAUAUCUUGCAGAUCAGACAGAGAAACGUAUCGGCACCAAUGGUUGCAUCAACUCCUAAAGGGACUUUGAGAAGAAAGGUAUCUCUCUACAGAGCCUUUAGCGGACUAACAGGCCGAUAUAGAGGCUCCCCGCAAAAGAAAGAGGAUGAGGUAAUUCUUGUUAGUGCAGCUGAGCAAGAGGGAUCAGAAGGGCAGUACCGAACAAUGUUCUUGAUGCCUUCAGAUGAAGGGGCAGAGCAUGAGCUUGUGUUUUUUAGGAGGCUUGACGAUGAGUUUAACAAGGUAAUUAACUUUUACAAGAAGAUGGUUGAACAAGUUAUGAAGGAAGCAGAGGAGUUAAGCAAACAGAUGGAUGUUUUGAUUGCUCUUCGGGUAAAGGUAGAGAAUCCAAUGCUAAGACUGGGUAGAGAUGAUGCAAUAAAUCUUGGAAGUUUUGAGGUUUCCUCAUCUUCUAUUGUUCACCCUUCAAAUGGUACAAAACCAGGAGGAUCGCAUAUGGAUGUGAUUCAAGAAGUUGAGAUGACCAGUGAAGAGAUGAACGAUGAAGAGGAGAGGGAAGGCAAUGAACCAAAUACUACUAAUCAUAGGAAUGCAGAUAGAGUUAAGUUAUCCAUUCAGGGCUUUAAACCAGCUUCAUUAGAACUUCUAGACCAUGUAAAGAUCAAUUUGUCGCCUGAAACUCCCGUAUCAACUUUGAAAGAAAUCCUCAUGAGUUCAACAUCAGACUUGUCAUUUAGCACGCAAGAGCUAAGGAAAGCAGAAGAGUCAAUGAUGAAGGCUUUUUCUGAGUUCUAUCAAAAGCUUCGACUUUUGAAAAGCUACUGUUUUUUGAAUCAAUUGGCUUUUUCAAAGAUCAUGAAGAAAUAUGACAAGAUCACUUCGAGGAAUGCAUCAAAAUCUUACUUGGAGAUGGUAGACAACUCGUAUCUCGGCAGUUGUGAUGAAGUUGCUAGGCUAAUGGAGAGGGUGGAGGCUACUUUCAUAAAGCAUUUUGCAAAUGGAAACCGAAGAAAAGGAAUGAACACUUUAAGACCAAAAGCCAGAAGGGAAAGACACAGAAUUACAUUUUUCUUGGGUUUUUUCUCUGGGUGCUCCAUUGCACUUGUAGUGGCCAUAAUUGUUCUUAUACAUGUAAGAAAUAUCUUUAAAAGUGAUAAUCGUGGACAGUAUAUGGAUAACAUAUUUCCUCUUUAUAGCUUGUUUGGACUCAUUAUCCUGCAUAUGCUCGUGUACUCUGGUAACAUAUACUUUUGGAGGCGCUAUCGAGUCAAUUAUCCAUUUAUAUUUGGGUUCAAGCAAGGAACAGAGCUGGGUUACCGAGAAGUCUUUCUUCUCAGUUCAGUGCUUGCAGUACUCACAUUGGCAGGUGUUAUCUCAAAUUUAGAUAUGGAAAUGGAACCAGAAACAAAGAGCUUCAGUGCAAUAACUGAAUUAGUUCCUUUGGUUAUAGGCCUUGUAACUUUACCAGAUUUUUUUGUCGCAGAUCAGCUUACAAGCAAGGUCCAGGCCUUCAGAAGUUUAGAAUUCUAUAUCUGCUAUUACGGUUGGGGGGACUUCAAAAGAAGAUCAAACAAGUGCAAUGAAAGCAAAGUUUUCAAAUCUUUCUAUUACAUUGUAGCAAUUAUACCAUUUUGGCUUCGUUUACUUCAGUGUGUCCGACGAAUGAUAGAGGAGAAAGAUAAAAUGCAGGGAUUAAACGGGGUCAAGUACUUCUCAAUUAUUAUAGCAGUUGCGAUGAGAACAACUUUUGAGUUGAGGAAAGGGAUCAUGAUUUGGAGGAUACUUGCUGCAGCUAGUUCCGGCAUAGCAACAAUUCUCUGUACGUAUUGGGAUAUUGCCUUGGAUUGGGGUCUUCUGCGAAGGAAUUCUAAGAACCCCUGGUUAAGAGAUAAGCUUAUCAUACCAAAUAAAGCUGUCUACUUUGCAGUCAUGGUUUUAAAUGUUAUACUAAGACUAGCUUGGAUGCAGACAGUAAUGGGUUUUACACAAGCUCCUUACCUGCAUAAAAAGGCCUUAAUUGCAAUAGUUGCCUGCUUAGAAAUCAUUCGUCGUGGCAUUUGGAACUUUUUCAGGUUGGAGAACGAGCACUUAAACAACGUGGGAAAGUUUCGGGCUUUCAACUCCGUACCUCUACCUUUUAACUACGAGGAUGAUGACAAGGAUGGAUAAACAAAUGCAUUUCAUGGAAGAGAUAUAGUAGCAGAGCAAACCAAAGAUUAUGAGACAAAUCAUUCAUGACAUGAGUCAAUUUUGUUCGAGGCAAACAUAUAUGUUUCUGUAAAGCAAUAAAUCAUAUACUAACUCAUACACAAUAUGGUUUGAAGUUAUAACUAACUAUACUCCAUUGUUACCCAAAAUCUCCUUGCUCUAUAAAAAAAUUUGCUAUUUGUUACUA